UGCUUAUUCAUUAUCUUUCAAAAUCGAUCCUUUUUUCCCCUUUGUGCCUUCAUUCACAAUUUCAUAUUUCCAAAUUUUGAGUCAAACUCAAACAAACAAACAAACUUUAAUCUCUGCAAACCUCCAGUGCUCCGCCGCCGCCGUCGCCGCCGCAAUGUCCGACCAAUCUCCGGCCUCGUCUUCCCCAAUCUCAAUCUGGACCGCCAUUAACAGCUGGUUCACUCCCACCGUGCUCUUCAUCCUCCUCAACCUCGUCAUCGCCACCAUUGCCUUCACCUCCACCACCAAGCACCGCCGCCGCCGCCGCCACCCUCCGCCGCCCUCCGCCGCCAGAUCUCCCUCCCUCCUUCACCGCCUCAAAACCCUAACUUUCGACCCCCACUCCAGAUCUGCCGACCCCCUCCCGCAAAACGACGCCGUCUCCCCAGAUUCUCAGAAUCUCCUCCCCCACUCGGAAUACUUCUUCCCGGAGCCGUUCGAGACAGAUUCCGGCGACUUCGACGGCGGCGCUUCUCAACAAACCACCGCCGGCGACGUAUCGGGCGCCGUCCACGUCAGCAGGUCGAAAUCCGACACCCGGCCGGCGUCGGGAGAGAUUCCGACCAAACUUCCGGCGACGAUGAGGAAAUCGGCGAGCAUGAAAUCGGCGUUCGGCCAUUUCAAAGAAGAGGAUAUUGUGAUUUCGGAGGAGCGGCGGCCGGCGACGGCGACGGCGCACCACGACGGCGACGAGGAGGUGGACGCGAAAGCCGCCGAUUUCAUCAACAGAUUUAAGGAGCAGCUGAAGCUGCAGCGGGUGGACUCCAUUGUCAGGUACAGAGAAAUGAUAAGAAAAGGGAACUCCGGCAGGGGAGAUCAGUGAUAUUUUUGCCUUUUCGAAGGGGGUGGUGUGUAAUUUUCGGGAAUAGGACUCUUCGCGGUUUUCGAUGGGGGCUAUUUUGUAAUAUCUACUAAAUGCAUGGGGUAUCCGGCAUAAAUUCGUGUUGACGGGAAAUAGGGGUUGGUGGGAAUGUGGGGGCAUAUUGGUAAUUUCGUAUCUAAUUGCGUUUGAGUUAUUUCUGACCGUUGGAUUAAGUUGCGAAAAUUUAUGUAGAUAGGGGAGAUUGGUUCGAUUUAAUAAAGGAGCUUUAGUGGUGUAGAGUGUAAGAACGUGCGUAGUCAAUGUAACACUUUUGGUCCAAAA